AUGAUUGAGUUUAAUGAACCAGUGCCUUUCCACUUGACAAGGAAUUUACAGGCAUUCUUCUCCCAUUUCGGUGUGGAAGGCCUUAUUGUGUUGGCCAUGUGUGCAACAGCACAGGCUGUGGUCUCACCUAAACAAAGUCAGCAUUUAUGGCAUCAUCUAGCUAUGUUUUUCCGCGAUGAGCUAUUAUCUUGGUCUUGGAGAAGACCACUUGGCAUGCCCCUGGCCCCUGUUAGUUUGAAACCCGUUGACUUCAAAAAGAAGGUCACCACAAAUGUCGACCAUGUUAUUGGUCGGAUCAAGGGAAUAGCCCCACAGUACAUCUCUGAAGAGGUAUGGUUUUGCCUGUAA